UACAUUUUAUUUGUGGAACAUCAAACAGAUAAAUACCUCAACUUACACACCAUAUAAGUGCAACAUGGCUGGCCAGCUGACGGACGCUUAUAUGGACCAGCUAGAGACGUGGAUAGGAACAGGGCCAAAAACCUUCACCCUACUGUACAAGAUAACUAGGGAUGGGUGUGAUGCCACCAUCUUCCACCAACAGUGCGACAACCAGGGCCCGACUGUCACUGUACUGUAUAACACCAGUGACUCUGUGUUUGGAGGCUACGCGGGUCAGAGCUGGCAUAGUCGGAAAGCAUGGAUUAAUGAUAACACAACCUUUUUGUACCAGCUUCGGUUUUCUGGUAAUGAGAAAACAAAUAAAUUUCCUUUUCAAGGUAGUAAAGCAAGUAAUGCCUUGUUUGGACAUACCACUUACGGACCAACGUUUGGAGGAGGUCAUGAUCUUCACGCAUUCGCUGGAAAAAUAUCUAACAAUAGCGGAACCUUUGCACUGAACGGACAUAUGACAUUUCACUCAUACGACAGCCAGGAGCUGACCACUGACCAGAUCAACAACGGGCACAUGGACGUCACAGAGUUGGAGGUCUACAAAGUGACAGCUGGAGAGCGCCACAAGCGCCCUGUGAAAUCGUGGCCAAAUGCUCCCGAGCUCAACGACAAGCUCCUCGACCAACUGAAAGAGGAAAUCGCCACAUUCAAGCCUCCGAGUGACCUAGACUUGAUCAACAUCCGAGUCCUCCUUCUGGGUCCCGUGGGCUCCGGCAAGUCAAGCUUCUACAACACAGUGGACUCUGUAUUCCGGGGACGCAUUUCACAGAGGGCGCGGUGUGGCACUUCAGCUCAAGGCAUCACUACAGCGUACAAGCCGUACACGGUGAGCAAACAGAGCGGUCCCCGACUCCAAUUCCAGUUAUGUGACACGCGCGGUCUUGAGGUCAACCAGGGGCUUGACCUGCUCGUGUGCAACUUCCUGUUGGACGGUCACGUGCCUGAACACUACGAGUUCAACCCGGCAACCCCUAUCACCCCUGAGAGCCCGGGGUUUAUACAGAAGCCCGGCCUUGCUGACAAAGUUCACUGUGUGUUAUUUGUCCUUGAGGCAAACACGGUUGACGAUUUGCCAACAAAACUCGUGGAAAAGAUGAACAGCUUCCAGAAACUGAUGAACAAGAAAGGUAGGUAUCCCCAGGCUGUCUUGCUGACAAAGGUGGAUGUAGCGUGUACAGAGGUCGCCGAAAACGUGUCAAGUGUCUUCCGGAACACACACGUCGAAAAAGUCGUGGACACAGUUGCCAAGCUUCUAGGGUUGCUCGAGGCGGCCACAAGCGCCUUGGCCCUGCUGGCGCUUCGACAGGCACUCAACAUCACAGAGGACUUUCUGGAGGACGUUCGUGAUAAGAGGGCCUCCACCAUGGCCGCUCAGGGAAGGGGUGCAAGCUUGGGAAGUGGGGGAGGCGAAGAAGAGAUGAUGGAGAUAGGGAGUGAUAGUGACAGUUUAUAG